CGUGCAUUGGCAAACGCACAGCCACGACUCAUAACAUAUAGUAUGAACUCAAUCAAAGAAAAUACUUUUACAAUUAAAGAAGAAAUGGGGUUUACAGAUGAUGAGAUGAAAAUUUUAUUAUUGAGGAAGCCGCGAAUAUGGAUGCAAAAUAGAUUUAAAUUACUAGCAAAAUUUGAUUAUAUUCACAAUACUAUGAAAAUAUCACAUAAACAUAUAUUAGAAAUGCCAGAAAUAUUUUAUGCAAGAGAGUUUAUAAUUAAGCAAAGGGAUUCGUUCUUGAGACAUUUAAAUCGCAAUCAAUAUGAUUGCACAAAACCUAACUACGUGUCUUUAAAAGCUUUGAUUGAAGGAACUAAUGAAGAAUUUUGCAUUAAUGUUGCUGGUACACCUGUUGAAACUUUUAAUUUAUACCUCAAAUCUUUAUAG